AUGUGGUCCCCUCACACUAAGAAGAAUAUUAGAAAAUUGGAGAGGGUGCAAAGGGCAGCCACAAAGUUAGUACCGGAACUGAAGGAUUUGACUUACGAGGAGCGGUUGAGAAAACUGGAAAUUCCAACACUUGAAAGUAGGAGAGAAAGGGGAGACUUGAUAGGUAUUUAUAAAAUGGUGAAUAACCUGGAUAAAGUGGAUGGAGACUUUUUAAGCCUGGAAACAAGGGCUACAAGGGGACAUGGGAAGAAAUUGAAGAAGGUCCAGUGUAUAAGAGACAUUAAGAAGUACAGUUUCCCUCAUAGAGCUGUGGACACCUGGAAUGGAUUAGAUAUAGACAUCGUAAAUGCAGUCAGUGUUCACAGUUUCAAAGCUAAGCUGGACGAAACAAGGUAUAAAGACGGGUUAAUAUGA